AUGUCAUCAGUUAUAACAUUCAGAGCAGGUAUAGCUACAUACAAUGAAGACACAAAGAUGUGUGAACCAAAACCAAUGCAGGGAGUUAUCACUAUCCGUCCAAGUGGACAAGAUGAAGAUGGGGAGGAUGCUGAAGUGGGGGUUGAGGACGAUUAUGGAAUGAAGUUCUGGGAUUUCCAAUGGAAGACAAAAGAUCGUACAGUUAAAGAGGAUAAAUCGUUAUGUGAACCCAUAGAACUAAUUUUAAUACCUGGAGAGACCAAGUGGGUUCAUGUGAAAUCGUGUCCUGAUGCAAGAAUGUUUGCAUUAAUCUUUUCUUCGAAUGAGAAAUAUUUCUUUUGGUUACAAGAUAAGAAUCUAGAUGGAUUAAAAUUGAACGAAUUGAACGAAAAUGAUCAGAUUAUAUUUAAUAAGAUUACUGAUCUUUUGAAAUUAAGUUUGGAGGAGGAUGAUGCAAAUACAAUUGAAGCUAGUGAUUCCAAUGAGAAAUCUCCAGAAACUGAUAAUAAUAACGAUAAUGACGAUGAACAAAACAAUGAUAUCAUCAUGGCCAAUGCAGCAGCAUAA